AUGGAUGAUACGGCUGGUAAGUCGAAAAAAGCACGCAAGCGGACUUCGAGAAAUGAGAAUGAAACGUUAACGAAAAAGGUGAAGAUCAAUGGCUCCGUCGAAGAAGUUGUUGAACAUGAUGUAAAGCGACAAAACGUUGUUUCCGAAAAAGAUGACACGAAGGACGUUGUUUGGGAUAAUCAGCAGGAUAUAUUUGAUGGACAAUCUUUCAGAACGCUGUUCUCCUCUUCUAAUAAUUUAGCCGCACUGAGGAAGUUCGUGACAAUAUGUAGCGAGAACAAGGAAAGGGACCUGGCGGCAGAGUAUCUGCACAUUGGUGGCAGUGUCCUUGAAGUUCUAAGACUGUUAGAGUCUUCUGACAAGAAAAAUACUUCUAUUGCUGUCACUGUCUUUUCUGCAACACAUAUUUUACUUAUGAGGAUUUUGACAGAAUAUCCUCAGUAUCGAAAUAGUGCAAUAGAAGCUUGUCGUCACUUAUUAAAUUCACACAUGUCCAUUGUACAUUCCAUGCUUUCUAUUCAGAGCAGUGCCAAGCAGCGUAAAGUGAUAUUGAAGCUACUAACGACAGUAGCAUCUCUAGAUAGCAAUCUGUCCAGGGAGCUGCUUAUCCACUUGUCAUUGCAGCAACAAACGUUAGAGAGUCUGGUACAGCAAACCAAACCCACAGAUUCUCAAAGCGUCAGAACAUGUUUCAUUCAUUUUGUUCUUGCUUUCCUCGUGGAAGGGAACAUACUAGUGAUCAGAACACUUUUGGACAAGUGCAGUCUGCUCUGUUGCAUCUUCUCAGAACUGUUGUAUGAUUCAAAGGAUAUCAUCAACUUGGUUCUGACCACUGUAAAGACGUACGUGCUGGAGAAUACCGGCGUUAGUAAAACGACGAAGUUACAUGUAUUUUCCACAUCUACUGUAUUGAAUCUGAUAUCAUUGUACAACUGGAAAGGUCCCUACAACUGGCCUAAAAACAAAACUAACAUUUGUGAUGACAGUGAGAACUUUCUAGCAGACAAGGAGGUUGUUAGUGACAUGGUUCAUGAAUUCUUAGUCACUUUGUUAACAUCACAUCGUUACGGAGUUAUUUUUCAUGACCGAACACUGGGUAAUUCACAAAAUAAGCACAAUCAGUUAGUAUAUACAGCUCUUCAGAACUUGGAGAAACCUUGGGAACAUGAAAAGCCAUCGGAUUUGAUUGUUAGGAUAAUGAGUGCCUGUCCGGAUUUAAUUCGUUCGCAAUAUAGUGCAGUCGAAUCGUUUCUUGAACCCCGAAUUUCACCCAAAUGGAUUUGUCUUCUUAAAUUUAUAGGAAAGAUAGUGAAAUCAGUCAAUCCGGAUAAUAGUGUCAAAACUUGCUCUGCAGAACUGAGGGCAAACAAUUUGAUAAGCGCAUUACUUUCUUUGGCGGUUCCAAAUGCGAUUGUAAAACUUGCUGUUUUACCAGGAUUAAAUCACGACAGUUUUUCUGUUAGACACGAGGCUUUGUCUCUUCUCCUAACAAUGACUAACCAGCUGAAAGCCAUUUCUGUAACUACAAAAGAGUUUUAUAAGACAUCUACAGUUCAAAAUCAAAUAACGCAUUUUAUUCUGAAGAAUGUCCCUUCCUUGGAAACUAUUUUACAAAUGUGGAACCGAGCUUUUAAAAAUGAUAUCGACAUAAAAGCUUCGGAAAAUGCGGAAAGCAUUCAGAGUCCAGAGUUGGUAGAUCAUCUUGAUACUAUUUUGAGCAUUCUUCAUUUGUAUAAGGAUAUAUGUCCAGAACUGUUGGAUAUUUCGAUAAAUUUACAACCGAAUUUAUUGCUAUCGAGUUUAAAUAAUCUCCAAGAUGAAGAAGGAACUAUUAAAAUGGAGAAAGUAAAUCGCAUGAAAGUCAAGACAAUACAAUUCCUACUUGCCUUAGAUUCUUCUAUUUUUGCUCCACAAGACAAAGUUUUUAAAGAAACUCUUGUCUUCUUGAUAUCUUUGAUCCGUCAAAAAAAUUCAUCAUCAGAUAAUUUCAAUGCUAUCAGGACGCUGCUACAUAUAACAGGUUUGUUUGAAACCUGUGAAGACCAGCUGGACAUUUGGAUUAAUGGUUUUUCAGUGGUUGCGGAUUCUGAAGAGAAUGAGCAGUUGACGCAGUGGUUUAUGUCUGUUCUAAAAAGCGCCAUUAAACACAUUGACAAGUAUAUAAAUAUUAUAACACAAGCGGAAGGAGCAAUAAACGAUCAAAUAGUUAAUUUCAACUUAAAAAAAGUAGAAGAUAUAAUUAAUGAAUUAUUUGAUAAAGCUAACAAAAUUACUAGUCCCUGCGAAGAGAGAGAAUUUUCUGCAGUAACAUCGUCUUCAAUCAACGAUCAAUUCAGUUUUGAUGAACAGAAGAUUGAUACAAUCGUUAAUAGCUUUAAAUUUAAUCAAGGAAAUUCGAAAGAUAUUAUUAAACCUCCUAAGUGUAUAACACAGAAGAACAACCAAAUGAUUAACUUUGACACGAAGGAGAUAGAGGAAACAAUUAAUCGAUUACUUGAUAAGGCAAAUCCAAAGAAUUUUCCUUCCAACAAAAACCGAUUUCAUAAAAUCGUAUCUACAACAAUAUCGCAUUUAGCGAUUGAAUCUACUAAUCUUGAUAUAAAGGAUACUAAUGAGGCAAUUGAUAUUCUUUUUAAUAAUUUUGGUAAAAAGAAUCCUUGUAGAAUGCAGGCUUGCACGGCAGUCUCACCACUUCUAUGCUGUGCGCUGCAAAAGAUAAGUGAGAAAAAUUGUGCUACAAUCUUGGCUUAUUUAUCCUAUGUGAUGGUUCACACUCUACACUAUCAAGUCGUGCCUGAUCUACUGAUUUUUAUAGCAAUAAAUUCGACCAAUUUGCCAAUUUAUAAAUAUUUGGAAAAUUGGUCAAGUAAAAACAAACAACCAAUUUCCUUAAAGAACAAGCUAUCAUGUUUAAGAUUAUUGUAUAAACUGAGUAAUAUGUUGUUGGCGGAUUCCAAGAUAGACGUAACUAAAUUUUCUAAAUUGUUUAAUGAUGGUCAUUCGACGUAUUGUUUUAAAUAUGGCGACAAAGAAGUCACUAUUAAGCACUCUUUAUCUUUGUACGAUGUUAAGGCUUUAUUGAAGAUGACCGUGUUUUAUUUAGCACAGCUAGCGCAGUCGAAAAACUUGAGGCAGGCCCAAAACGAAAAUUGCAAGCUCGUGCUUGUAUUUCUGUUAAAUGUGUCACAAUCUAUUGAUUCGAAUCAAGAAAAUGCAGUAAUACUUAAAGAAAACGCGAGUUGUAUCUUCACUCAUCCUAUUUUGCUGCAUUAUUUCUCGCCAUUUCGUGGAGAAAUCUCGAAAAACUCGGUAGAAUAUAUGAUUGUUGAAACUAUUCUGAAGAUUUGCGAGUCUGUUUUGCAUUUGUGUGAAAAACAUAACGAAGGAAUCUGUAAUAUUUUCUUCGCGUUUAGAAAUAAGUUCCUUACACAAUUGGAGAACAUUAUCAAGAAAAAACCCCUGGAAGCUUGCACUAAUAAUUAUUAUAUUGACAUUGAAUUAUUAAAAGUAUUGCAGCUUGAAUCAAAAGACAUCGCGAGCUUGUUGUCUGCUUUGAUGAAGUUGGAGAAGAGCACAUUUAUUUCUAGCGACAAGCAAAACUUGUCCGUAUUUGGACACAUCGUUCCGGUAUUGUUGGACAUAUAUUGCAAUAAGAAAUCAAGAUUGCAUGAUAUGUUGAACGAGCAGUUUGUAGAAAAGUUUAGUUUGCAUUUGAUUUAUCUAAAGUCUAGUAAGAUAAAUGACAUAAAUAGAUGGGAAAAAGCCUUAUCAAGGUAUUUAUCCAUUUUUUCGCACAAUAUUUUCGGUAUCAGUACCAAUACUUUCGCAUUAUUGCUAACAAAAAGUAUCACCGCGUCCAUGGUCCAACUGAUAACGACUUUGAUCACCAAGAAUACCAAGUUAAUCUCGUCGUUGGUAAAAUACUUCCUCAAGGUAGAAAAUGUGAAGCAAGGGGACGUUGUGUUUCCCAUAUUAGGCAGCAAUUUAAAAUACAAAUGGAAUGAAAAGUUUCUUCAAAGUCUUUAUGGGCGUUACAGCCACGACAUCGCUCUGUAUAUAACCGAGUCACGAAAUCCCGUUCCUUGGAUCGAAGAAAAUACAGCAGCAAUCACCUAUCUCAUUGAAAGCACUUUCGAUCUUGUUUUGUGCGGGAAAAUUUGCGACACCGUUUCUCAAAACGGCGACAAAUUAGAUAUGGUGUCCGUUUGUUUCGUGCAAUUGCUAGAAAGUGUAUAUAAGAGAUACGAAAGUCUGGUAACGGCUAAAGAGAAACCUUUAAUGGAUCUAAUAAGGGUAUUGCUGCAUAUAAUGACAUUAACGUUAAAAAAGGAAUCAAAAAACCUGCAGAAGAUCAAAAUUUUAUGCGAGAAGCUGAACGAUGCAGUGAUUCGUUUGAAAGAGACAGAAGAUAACUUCAUCUUCAGUUCAUUGAGUAACAGUUACUCGUGGCCGCAGUUUACUAGAUUUUCCUUAAAGUUAGGUCUAAAAGAUGCUAAAGACGAGGCGACUCAAUCUAAUCUAUUGAAAACUCUGAGUAAUUUAUGUGAUAUUACUUAUGGAAAUAAUAUUGAUGAUGAAUAUGCGAAGACGUUGUUUGAAAUGACGACGUCCCAUUCAGAAUUUGUUAAUAUUAUGCUUGGGUCAUCCUCUGUUAAAGGUGACUUGGUUGAAUUAUUAAGAAUACUUACUCGAAAAAAUCAUUCUGUAAUGACUGCCUCGCACGUACCUCUUUACCUCGCAGCUUAUAAUGCCACCCUUUGUCAUGUGGAUCAGCGCAUUUUGCAGAUUCUUCAAUAUUAUGAAACUCAUAAUGUUAAGCUUCAACAGUAUUGGCCAUAUUUGUGGGGGAGUGCUGCAGCAACACGUUACAGCGUAAAAGGAGAGAUAAAUACUGCUCUGUGGAGACAACCCUCCACUUCUGAAGUCUUUAACUUAUUCAAUAAGGAUAUUGUCAACGAGACUAUAAAAAAUUAUCCUAUACACAGAGCUAUGAAAAAUAAUGAAUUGUAUAUACACGAGAAUAGUAAUGUAUAUGACCCAGCAUUUUAUCUGCCAUUGCUGUGUACUUUGUUAGCAGAAAAUAAUAUUGUUGCGUAUUAUAAAGUAAGCCAGAGUGGUGCAUUAGCGUUAGUAUUUGCUGCGUGUUGUAGUGACUCGAACGAUAUUCGAAUGACAGCAUAUACUAUUAUCUCUAGAUAUUACUUUCAUUUAGAAGCAUCCAAAUCUAAAGAAAAGUUAUUAUGGAUGCGUCUGAUUGAUGCUUUGCGAAAUGGAGUCGUUUCCUUAAAGUGCCAAUUGAAGGAUGUCCACCUGAGUUGUCUGAUGACCACCUUUUUAGCUAGGACCUCGUUAGUCGCUAGUCAACCUUUGCAUCCCCUUUAUUCGCCGUUGCACACCUUCCUAAUGGCCAAAACUGCCCUAGAUCUAAAUACCAUACCGGAGUUGCUGCAGUUGUUGCAUAGCUCACACGUGGAGCAUAAUGCGCAUCGACAAUGGGUUUUAGAGAACAUCCGAGAUGGCAUGAAGGGGGAAAAUGAUGUAAAUGUGGCCAUAAAAUGCAUGUUGUUCAAAAUUCUUCUUGAUUUUCACAUUAGUGUAUUGUCGGAUGUCAAGACCAAGAAACUAAUUUUGGAAGUUGUCGCCUCUACUACUAAAAUUCCUAAAGCAUCUUUACUCCUUAUACGAGGAUAUGGCAUCCUUCCUUGGCUGUACGAGAUUGUUAAUCAUUUGAAUAUUUAUGGAGCGGAAAUUAAAAUUAUUAUUACCAUAAUUGAGAAUCUGUUAAACACAUUAGAUAGUACAGCGCAAGAUAUAAAUCAUUACAAAUCUCUGUUAUUUAACAUCCUUUUAUUAUUGCAAAUGUAUUUAAAGAACAGACAUAAUAAUUCCAGUGAUUGUAUUUUUGGACAAUAA